AUGGGUGGUUGGGCUAUUGCCGUGCAUGGUGGUGCUGGUGUUGACCCUAACCUCCCUCUCCAACGUCAAGAAGAAGCCAAACAACUUCUCACUCGUGUUCUCAAUCUUGGCAUCUCUGCUCUUCGUUCCAAUCUUCCCGCCAUCGAUGUUGUCGAACUUGUGGUGAGGGAAUUGGAAACGGAUCCACUAUUCAAUUCGGGUUGUGGAUCUGCCCUGACGGCUAAAGGUACGGUGGAGAUGGAGGCUAGCAUAAUGGAUGGUCCAAAACGCCGAUGCGGUGCCGUUUCAGGAUUAACCACCGUUAAAAAUCCUGUUUCACUGGCACGUUUGGUCAUGGACAAAUCUCCUCAUUCCUAUCUUGCUUUUGACGGUGCCGAAGAUUUUGCGAGACAACAGGGUGUGGAGGUUGUGGACAAUGAAUACUUUAUCACCGAGGACAAUAUUGGUAUGCUUAAGCUGGCAAAGGAAGCAAAUACAAUUCUGUUUGAUUAUCGAAUUCCAGCCUCCGGAUAUGAAACAUGUGGUGCAGGAGUUGAGAGUCCAUUGAAAAUGAAUGGACUUCCAAUGAGUGUGUACGCACCCGAGACAGUCGGGUGCGUGGUUGUUGACCGUGAAGGAAGGUGUGCUGCUGCAACUUCCACUGGCGGGCUAAUGAACAAAAUGAUGGGCCGAAUUGGCGACUCGCCACUCAUUGGAGCGGGUACUUAUGCUUGUAAACUUGCUGGCGUGUCAUGCACCGGUGAAGGCGAGGCAAUCAUUCGCGGGACUUUGGCGCGUGAGGUGUCGGCUGUUAUGGAGUACAAAGGACUUGGACUUCAAGAAGCUGUGGAUUAUGUGAUUAAGAAUAGGUUGGAUGAAGGAUUUGCUGGACUGAUUGCGGUUUCAAGUAAAGGUGAAGUUGCUUAUGGGUUUAACUGCAAUGGUAUGUUUAGAGGAUGUGCUUCUGAGAAUGGGUUUAUGGAAGUUGGAAUUUGGGAGUGA